AUGCAGCGAUUGUUUAUUUUACUGGAGAUACUGACAGUGUCUCUCGCAAAAAACUGCGGCUAUCCAAACGGAACUGCAACGACCUUCAAGGCCUGCACAAUUGAUCUGAACUCACGCCUAUUGCAGAUAGAGAAGUACAAGAUCGAUGUCGAUGUUAGCAAAUAUAAGACCGCUUUAUUCGAUAGCACUUAUAAGUGGCACAGUGUUCCAACUUUAGGACUUACAAGCAAUAUAGAUGGAUGUGUUUACUCAUGUCCCCUUCUGGCAGGUGACAAUGACCUUGACGUUAAAGUCGAUUUAAGCGGGGAAAGUGGUCUUAUUUUGUUGAUCGUUGGUAAAAAUGCUCUACAGCUGCUAUUUUACAUAAAAGACCUGAACAAUAACGAGCUGGGGUGCGUUUAUGGACAGUUGAAAGCUGUUGGAUAG